AUGCCUAGUCUCCUAUUGUUCUUCUCUCUUAUUCUCGGAGUUGCUACGACUCCUCAAGUUUUAUACUUGAAAAAAUAUUCUUCUACUACCGUAGUGCAAGGUGUGGAGGGCGGAGCCAACUUGUAUCUCGCUUCUAAUGAUGACUGGAUGUACUUGAAAAACAUUAAAAUCACAACAGGUGUCAUGACAUAUACGUUGGACAAACUGUUGCUGCCAAAUGAUGAUUCAUCACCAGCUAGUAUUUCAAUAGCUGGCGACUUAUCUAUUUCCACUACUAACAACGAGACUGUUACGGCAAAGUUAUCUGGUUUCUUCUAUGUGACCACGGCGCUUCAAGCUAAAGAUCCGUCGUUUCAUGUUUUUGUGGUUCAGCCAACUCAAUCCGUUAGUGUGACCGGAAUGAAGUCCACUGUGGUGAUUCUGAAUACUCUACUCAAAACGUUCACGGAUGGCGAUCAACCAACGAUGACGUCAUAUGUCACUAAAAUCAACCAGUCGCCGAAUACAGCUAUAUAUUUCCAAUGGGGCAUCCCAUCCGCCGAUUGGAAGACUGUGACAAACAAUACAUUCUUCCAGAAUCCAAUUGUUUUGAAAAAUCAAACAACUACUGUGCAAAAAUUCUUCGAUAACGUGGAGCCGCUUCAAAUCGGAUUGAAUUACUGGUACUUCACAGUUAUGGGUCCCGUUAACAUGUACAUAGAGAACAAGUACGUGAGCAAUCAUGACUACAAAACGACUGCGACUUCAACUACCGGAGUGAUUAUCAAUAGCUUUCUUUAUUUGGAGCAUGUUGUAAACUUCCAGCCGGACGAGACUCGAGGUGGAGCUUCCGGAUAUAUUACAUCUGCGUUCAUGGAGGACGGUUCCGAUCUCGACAUUACGCUUCAGUAUUCUACAAGCAGCUCCCAAAAAGUGUACAUUGGCUCUAGCAAUAUCGGAGUCAUAUCAUGGGAUAACAAGCAAGCAUACAAGCUAACCGUCAACACAAAUAGCACGCUCCCAGGAACGUUUUAUUGCCAGUACUUUUCAUUCGCUGGGGAUUUGUUGCCUCCUCCGCAAACAAGUACUAUGACGCCAAGUACAAUUAGUACUGCCACAUCUACUACUACUGUAGCAACAACGACUAAAGGAUGUUCUGUGGUGUUUGCGGCGGAAUUCUUAGCUUUGGUUCUGAUGGCUUCCUUGCUUUCUUAA